AUGGCUCCUGUGACCUUGGACACGUCUUUUGCAGAAAUAGUUCGCACGCUCGACUGGGAUAAAGUCCCAGACAAACUCCACUGUGCCGCCUGCCAUGAGUUCAAUCUCAAUGCCCACAAAACAACCUGUUGCGAUACCUACAUCUGCGAGGCUUGUUUCACCAAAGCCUGCGGCGAAAGUUGUCCCACCUGCGACCACAAACCAUUCACCAGUGAUGUCUGCAAACCGAACAAAGCCAUGCGUAAUACCAUAAAAGCAUACCUCAAGACAGUAGAGAAGGCCAAAGCCGAUGAGCGGGCCAAAGCAGUCACCAGCGAGGAGGUCGUUGUCCAAGCAGACGAACAGCGAGACAGGUUGCCAUUAGAGACUACAACAGAUCAGCAACCUGUCAAAGCAGCAAAGACUGAAGACACUCCUUGGACCGAUGUUCAGCCUUCGAUUGAGGUAAGCCACCUGUUCCGGGAUUCAUCAAAGACCCUGACUGAUCGUACCGAGGAUCCCGACCCAGAGGCAGCAGAAGCCGUGGAUGACGACGUCGAAAUUCAAGUUGAACUGGAGGAAGACCAACAAGAGAUACCUACACAACAUGUGAUACCGGUUGAAGAGACGACUCCUCAAGACCAACCUAAGACGACGUUGGAAAACCAGUCCUACCCACGAGACCGACCCAAUGCUUCUCUCGAUGAUAUGAACGGGUUCGACUUUUCAAACAUGAUGAACGGGCUCGGCAACAUGGAUUACAACCAAAUGAUGCAAAUGAUGGCUGCGAACGGAUUGAGUGGUUUCAAUCCAAUGAUGGGGAUGCCUAUGGGAAUGAAUCCAAUGUCAGCUGGCAUGUUUGGUGGAUUUGGCGGUCCAAACGAUGGCAUGAAUGGUAUGAAUAACAUGAAUAUGGGAAUGAACUUUAAUCCCAACCAAGGGAUGUUUUCUGGCUGGAAUGGUCAAAACAACAAUAUGUGGCAGAGUAAUAAUGCAAAUGCAUUCUCGAAUGGCAUGGGCGGUGACUUCGGCCCCCACUAUGGUUUCAAUAUGGCCCAAUCUGGAAACUUCCAGCAGUCGUACCCCACGGGUGAUUUUCAAAGUGGUUACUAUGGUCGUGGAUAUGGUCGUGGCCGUGGUCGUGGCCGUGGUGGCUAUGGUAGAGGCCGUGGUAGCUUCACUCCAUAUUCACAAUAUCACCAACAAGGAUUUCAAAGUGGACACGAUCAGAAGCAAUCCGAUAGCCAGACCACACAAUCUCAGACAACAGAUCAUCGCCCCAACGAUAAAUCCACCGACGACGGAUAUCAGGACAACAACACUACCGAUACCAACCAUGAAGAUGAUGAAUUCGCCCCUGGCGGUCAAGAAGAGGUCCAAGAGGCUCUGGGUGAUAACUACCAAAAGUCGACUGGGGAUGAAAAGAAGACCCCUGACAACCCUGUCAUCGCCGAAAACGACGUUCCCCAAGACAAGGAGCCCGAACAAAAUAAUGGUCCUCUUGAUGAUGCAGAACCCAAUGACUCCACCGUGCAAGACAACAAGACCGUUGCUCCAAAUUCGCAUCAAGCUGAUCACAGCAAGCCAAUACCAGCAGCGUACAAUGAAGAUCUUCAAGGACCAAUGCCACCACCAUCGGCACCGCUGGGUCCAUCGGCUCAAUAUGGUGAUCAUGGCUUCCGCUCUCGAGGAGGUAGAUUUUCAUCUCGUGGACGUGGUUCGAUCUCCAUGCCCAAUGGACAUGUUGCUUCGCCAGUAAAAUCUUUUCCACAUGUACCGCAAACUGUUGAGGCCAAAGGUGUCGGUGUCGUAGGUGCACCAACUGGUCCUAGAGCGAUGCGUGAACCACCUGCAGCUGUGAAACCGGCCUCUCGAUCGGCAGAGACAGGAUUUCAAAUAAAGGGCAGGGGAUCCAUGACAUCUUCUCGGCGAUCGGAAUCUCGUGAUUUCGAUAGAGACCGCAGCAAGACACCCACGUACCAUUAUGAUGAAGAGAGAGACAGGGAUCGAUCGAGACGACGAUCAAGACAAGAAAAGCAUGGCAGUUCGAGGUAUGAGGCUGAUGAACAGGAACAGUCAGACCAUCAUGAUAAGGACAAGCGGCAUAGGAGAUCGAAACGAGACACUCAGGAUGACUAUGACAGGGAUGAACGAGAAACUUCAUAUUCUCGAUCGGACUCAGUAGACAGAAGGUCAUCGAGACGGAGUCGCGGAGACAAAGACAAAACAUCGUCGACAUAUCACUCAUCACGGACUAGCCGGUACCAUGAUGAAGAUACCAAUGGAGAUUACGAUAUGGACGAUCACGACGACUCAACAAGGUCAAAGAGGGACGAAUAUGAUGGUGAAAGCAAAAGUAGGCACCGGAGGAGCAAGUCCUCAAAAUACAGCGAGAGGGAUCGCGAUCGUGAAAGAGAGCGAGAGCGGGAUAGAGACAAAGAUAAAGACCGCGACCGAGACAGGGAAGACAGACAUCGGAACCGAGAUCGCGACCGCAAACGUUCUCGCCAUGACCGUCACCGCGAAGAGGACAAGCUGUACGAUUACGACUAUAAUUACGACUAUGAGCAAGAUGCAGAGGACCCUGAGUCCCGGCAUCGCUCAAGGCGGCCCAAGAAAGACCAUCGACGUGAUGACGAAGAUGGCACAACUACCACCAAUGGUCGCUCGCACCGAUCAAGUGCAGCAGGGACGCCAGUGCCGGCAACAAUAUCGGCGGAUGCGGAGAAAGAUCCACAUACUCUGGAACGUGAGGCGAGGAAUCGCGAGAGAAUGCUCAAGGAACAGCAACGAAGACAGAAAGCCGCAAAAGUUGGGCCGGGAGGCGGUAGUGGAAGCGGGCGACGAGUCACGUAUAAAUACGAAGAUGAGCUCGAACGAGGCUUGGUUGAGGGUGAAAGAGUAAGUGCGAGAUGGAGAUAA